GAGUCAUGGAGGCAGCUUCUACUUGAAUUGGGACUGAAAACAGAUGCUGACAUGGCUCAUUUCCUACUGACCAGUCAGAGACUGAGAAUGUCAGUUCAUCCAGUGUGAGAAUCCUGAUCACUAGUCUGAUUUACUGCUGAAGAAGAUGGCGAAGCUUGCUGCGUGCGUCUCCACCAUGUGUGUUCUGGUGCUGCUGAUGGUGCUGAGUGAGAGCAGUCCCAUAUUAGACUGCUGCAAAAACUACCGUGAAAAACCACUCGCCUUUAAACAUCUGCAAAACUACACAAGACAAGACCCAGAUUACUGCGACAUCAAGGCAACUAUUUUCUUGACGAAGAGAAAACUAACUUUCUGUGCAAAUCCUGAAGACACGUGGGUCAUAAAGGCCAUGAAGUAUUUGGACAAACGCAACAGCAAACACUGAGCAGUGUCUACAUGGAGGACAGCUGAAAGAUCAAUAUCAACACAUAAACAUGAUGUGUACAUUUAAAAAAAAGAAUGUAUGUUUUGAAUGUGAAAUAAUAUAUAUUUCUGUAACCUCACAUAUUACGAUUUCAAGAAAAUAAAA